AUGAAUCAUUUGAUGAACGAAUACAUGCAUGAUAUGGAUCGAAGUGUGUUCCCAUAUUGGAGAGAUGCCGAUCAUUCCGUGCUACAUGUGGCCAAUGACACACAGCAGACAAACUUUUUGGAACUUGUACAAUCAAUCGUUUUCAGAUCAUUCAUUCGCAAAUGGACGCUUCCAGAAAAUGUCGAUUUGGAGUCGGUGCAUACACAACUUAGCGACAAGGGACAUCUUUGUGUUGAAGCACCGAAAGUGGAUAAAGAAAAGCCGAAUAGAAGACACAUUCCAAUCAUGGCCGCAUCAGCGAAGAAGUAA